GGAUUUGGCAUAGCGUGACACGAUUUGAAAAUGUAUUUUACGUUUACACCUAACACAGAUUCAUUUCAUUUGAUUCCAUAUACCAGUCACUCCCAGUUUUUUGGUCUCUCUCCCCAUUUACCAAACCUCAUUUCCGAACACUAACAAUGACAACUUCUUUCCCUCGCUUGCUCUCCACCGCAUCCAACCCUACUCUCCUCCGCACCCGAUCCGAACACCUCACUCGUUCUCUUUCCAACUCAGCAACGCGCCUCCUAUUCUCCACCUCUACUCACCCCCACAACGAUAACACUGUUAGGGAACAAAUACAGUCGCCGACGCCAGAAUCUCUCCACGAUCAGAAUAAACAAAACCAACAGGAAGAAGUAGAAGAAGAAGAAGAAGACGAUGACACUGAUGUGAACAAAGAAACAGGUGAGGUCGGUGGCCCUAAAGGCCCUGAGCCCACAAGGUACGGCGAUUGGGAACGCAACGGCCGCUGUUCUGAUUUUUGAUAUUCUCUUUCACUUUACCUUUACCAUUGCCAUAGCAUCAUCAUCAUCAUAAUAAUAAUAAUAAUAAUAAAAAUGUAAGUCAUAGAUUGUGUAUUUAUCUGAUUCAAAAUUUCAAGUAUCAUUUAAGUGAUUGUGUAUCCAUUUAGAUAUUCAUUAUUAUAUAUGCAAUUGAGAUUGGGAGAACUGGAACAGAUCAAUUUGUGAAUUCAUGGUUUUAUUGAAUGAAAAUCCCUUUAUUUGUGUUUGGAUUA